AUGAUGAGUGUAUUGUUCAAUCCCAUGGUGGAGUCCGGCAUUGCCCCAGACACGGCUUGGCGUCUGGCCAUGAUUGUGCCUGCGGUCAUGUUCUUGAUCGUCGCUAUCAGCCUGAAGCUCCUGUGCUGGGACACGCCCACAGCCAGGCGUUUUGACGUGUCUGUCACCGGCAAGACCCAGAAACCGUCCAUGAUGGAUUACGUUGAGGUGCUCAAGGACGUUCGUGUCGUUGUCAUGAUUGCGCAGUAUUCUGCGUGCUUCGGUGCUGAACUCGCUAUGAACAAUCAGUUAGCUACGCACUUUCGCACGUACUUCCAGAUGGCGGCAGCAGAUGCUUCCGCAUUGGCGGGUUCUUUCGGCCUCAUGAAUCUUUUCGCCCGCAGUUUGGGAGGCAUCACCUCUGACCUGCUCUUCAAGAAGUUCGGCUUCCGUGGCCGCAUUUGGGCGCAGUUUUUGUCGCUCUUCUUCGAAGCCAUCUUCCUAUUUUGCUUCGGACUUGUGGACAACAGCCAGCCGUGGUACGUUGCGCUCGCAGUGCUGUUGUGCUUCAGCUUGUUCGUGCAGAUGGCGGAGGGUACCUCUUAUGGUAUUGUGCCCUUUAUGAACAGGCAGCAGCUGGCUAUCGUGUCCGCAUUAGUCGGUGCAGGCGGAAAUUUGGGUGCG